GUCCCGUGUGCAUAUUGUGGCUUCUCAUUGGCCGUCAGUGGUCGCUCUCCUCAGUGCUGAAAUCGCAGCUCGUCGUGAUCAUGUAAACUGCGAUGAGGCCACACAGAUCGUCGGAAAAUAAACACCAACAUGGAUGAUGAUCUAUUCCAGCUGAGACAGUUACCUGUUGUCCGUUUCCGUCACACGGGUGAAAGCACACGCUCUGAGGAUGAUGGUGAAAGUCGAGAGCCCUAUGCUGCUGUGCGGGUGGCAGAGCAGAAAGAAAUGGAGUCUGUGGCCCUUGCAGAUGGAGCUCCUGUCCCUCGGGAGUUUGCCAACCCAACUGAUGACACAUUCAUGGUUGAGGAUGCCGUCGAGGCUAUUGGUUUUGGGACUUUCCAGUGGAAGCUUUCCAUCCUUACUGGGCUGUCCUGGAUGGCAGAUGCAAUGGAGAUGAUGAUUCUAAGCAUCUUAGCUCCACAGCUUCACUGCGAAUGGAGACUUCCAAAUAUGGAGGUUGCUCUUCUUACAUCGGCGGUGUUUAUUGGAAUGAUGGUCAGCUCCUCCCUUUGGGGAAACAUAUCCGACAAGUAUGGAAGGAAGACAGGUCUUACAAUGAGUGUGUUGUGGACAAUGUUCUAUGGGCUGAUGAGUGCUUUCGCACCCAUCUAUGGUUGGAUCCUCUUUCUCCGUGCUUUAGUGGGCUUUGGUAUUGGUGGAGCCCCACAAUCGGUUACACUGUAUGCUGAAUUUCUUCCAAUGAAGUCUAGAGCUACUUGUAUCCUGCUAAUUGAGAUAUUCUGGGCAUUAGGGACAGUGUUUGAGGUCCUUCUGGCUAUUCUAGUGAUGCCUUCUUUGGGCUGGCGAUGGCUUCUCGGCCUCUCGACCAUCCCUCUUUUCAUCUUUGCCAUCCUUUGUUUUUGGUUACCUGAGAGCGCUCGAUACGAUGUGCUGACGGGGAAUCAGGAAAAAGCUUUGGCUACUUUGAAGCGGAUCGCCAUGGAGAACGGCGUGCCCAUGCCAUUGGGAAAACUCAUUGCUGCUAAACAAGAGGACCGUGGGAAGAUUUGUGACUUGUUUUCAUCACACAUUCGCUGGACAACAGUCCUUUUGUGGUUUAUUUGGUUUGCAAAUGCUUUUUCAUAUUACGGUCUUGUUUUACUCACCACUGAGCUGUUCCAGGAAGGAGGUGCAUGUGGAUUGUCCAAAGGUAAUAAGAUGGAGCCGAGUUGCAGCUUGGAGUGUAAAUACUUGAAUAGUGAUGAUUAUAAGGAUCUGUUGUGGACAACUUUAUCAGAAUUCCCAGGACUGUUGGUGACAUUAUGGGCGAUUGAUCGCUUAGGAAGAAGGAAAACCAUGGCCUUGUGUUUCUUGGUCUUUGCGUUAUGCAUCAUUCCACUUUAUGGUUGUGUGGGGAGAACAUCCAUGACGGUGUUGAUAUUCAUCGCCAGAGCUUUUAUCGCUGGAGGAUUCCAGGCUGCCUAUGUGUAUACUCCAGAGGUGUAUCCAACUGCAACCAGGGCUUUAGGUUUGGGAACAAGCAGUGGAAUGGCUCGCGUUGGUGCCCUCAUUACACCUUUUGUUGCACAGGUGUUGUUGGAGUCAUCCGUGAAUUUGGCUCUCUCGGUGUACAGCUGCUGCUGUUUGCUCGCCGCCGUCGCCUCUUGCGCGCUGCCAAUUGAGACGACGGGGCGAGGCCUGCAGGAAUCCAGCCAACGCCAGUGGGGACAGGAGAUGACGGGUCGGGAAUCCUCCUCGCAAAAUACAGGGCCAAUCCCUCAUUCCAGUUCCGGCUCCCAGGGCUGAGCAAUGUUGCAGUGACGAUGAAGGACAAAAAAGCAAGAGCAGCUUUUUUUGUGUGCAACUCAAGUCCCAUCUUCAGUGUAGGCACCACAUAAAGUGACUUCAGAGAGGGACACGGCACAAAAUGUCAUGUGAUUUCACUUAAGAUUCUUCAACUACUCAUGCCAGCCAUUUUGCCACUGAAUAGUUCCAUCACGACGGCUGGAUGCAUGGCGUCAGGCAUGAGCAAAGAAAGGGUGAGAACAAAUGAGAUUGGAAAAAAUGGAAGUGAUACAGGAGCAGUUCAGCUUUUGGAAAAAUAAAACAGGCCUGCGUCUUUAUGGAGAGACGCAAACUCUGGUCUAGGACAUUAAAAAUCACUUCUCACAACUUCAGACACUUUAACUCAAAAAAGCCUUAAAAAAAAAAUUACAAAUACAGGUAGUCCCUAGGUUACAAACGAGUUCCGUUCCUACACUGGCGACGUAAUCCAAAUUUCCACGUAAAUCAGGAUCAACCCUUUAAGAUUCAGAGAUUUAUUUAGUGAGAAAAAGGCGGUGGCAGACUGAAGGGGGGGGGGGGGGGGGGGUUGUGUAGUGCUGCAACGAUUAAUCGAUUAACUCGAGUAAUCGAUUAGGAAAAAAAAAAGAUUCGAAUACGCUGGCGACGUAACCCGAAUUUCCACGUAAAUCGGAAUCAACCCUUUAAGAUUCAGAUAUUUAUUUUGUGAGAAAAAGGCGGUGGCAGACUGAAGGUGGUGUGUGUGUGUAGUGCUGCAACGAUUAAUCGAUUAACUCGAGUAAUCGAUGAGAAAAAAAAGAUUCGAAUUAAAUUUUGCUGCUUUGAGUAUUCAUUUAAAGUGGCGUUGUAAUUAGGGUUGUUCCGAUCAUGAUUAUUUGCUCCCAAUCCGAUCCCGAUCGCUUUAGUUUGAGUAUCUGCCGAUCCGAUAUUUCCCGAUCCGAUUGCUUUUUUUUUGCUCCCGAUUCAAUUACAAUCAUUCCCGAUAAUUUUUCCCGAUCAUAUACAUUUUGGCAAUGCAUUAAGAAAAAAAUGAAUAAAACUCGGACGAAUAUAUACAUUCAACAUACAGUACAUAAAUACUGUAUUUGUUUAUUAUGACAAUAAAUCCUCACGAUGGCAUUUACAUCAUUAACAUUCUUUCUGUGAGAGGAUAGAA